UAUAAGCUAGACAGUACAGUAAUGGAUCACUUGAAAGUAUCAUUGCUACUCUUCCUUUUGUAUUUCAUUGCAAUAAAGAAUGUACAAGGAUUUAACCCAAAUCUCAACCUCUGCUAUGAAACAAGGUACCAAAAGGUAUCUGUUUCUGUUGCCUCUACUGUAUAUCAACAACAGUACUACAGAACAUGCAAUUGGUGGGGCAGGUGUAGAACAAGAAGUAGAACAGUGAGUACAACAGUGUAUAACACAGGAUAUCAAAACCAGGCAUACCCAGUUAUUGUUUGUUGUACAGGCUAUGUAGGAUACUUUCCAUACUGUACACCAAGCUGUUCUGGUACCUGUGAGGCUAACUGUGCUACUUGUGCUUCACCAAAUGUUUGCAGUUCCUGUAAUCCUGGUUGGUAUAAUACUACGACUUGCUGUACAGACAUCAAUGAGUGCUUAAGUUAUAAUGGAGGGUGUGAAUAUCAGUGUACUAAUAAUCAGGGAAGCUAUAAAUGUUCUUGUCCUACUGGUUUUAAUUUGUAUGAUUCAACUGGAUGUAAAGAUAAGAAUGAAUGUGCAAGUAAUAAAGGUGGCUGUGAUCAGAAUUGUCACAAUACUGCUGGAACCUAUUCCUGUAGCUGUAAUUCAGGGUAUAGUCUUGCCAGCAAUGGUCAUUCAUGCACAGAUAUUAAUGAAUGCACUGCUGGUACUGAUAGCUGCCCUGAUGAUCAUUACUGUCAUAAUGAAAUUGGUAGUUAUAAUUGUAGCUGUAGGACUGGCUAUGAGCUUCUACUUAAUGGAAUAACAUGCCGAGAAAUUAAUGAGUGCACUGAACAACACAAUGGAGGUUGUGAUCAAACUUGCAUUAAUACACCAGGCAGUCGAACAUGUCAAUGCAAUACUGGUUACACACUAAAUUCAAAUGGAUAUGAUUGUGAUAAUAUCAAUGAGUGUCUCAAUGGAUCAAGUGGAUGUGCUCAAGUUUGCCAUGACACUGAUGGUUCAUUUUCCUGUUCUUGCAAUGAUGGAUACACACUGGGUAGUAACGGAAAGAGUUGUACUGAUAUUAAUGAAUGUGAUGAUAACAAUGGAGGCUGUGAACACAAUUGUAAGAACACAAUUGGUAGCUUUGAAUGUUCUUGCAACACUGGAUAUUUGGCCUCUGGACAUCAUUGCUCUGAUAUUGAUGAGUGUAGCACUAGCAAUGGUGGUUGUAGUGACACAUGCAUCAAUACAGUUGGAAGUUAUUACUGUAGCUGUAAUACUGGCUAUACCCUUCAUCAAAAUGGAAAAACUUGUCAAGAAAACAAUGAGUGUCUGACUAAUAAUGGUGGCUGUACUCAAGUAUGUACUAAUACUGCUGGUAGUUACAACUGUAGCUGCAAUACUGGUUACUAUCUGUCUGGUAAUGGAAAAACAUGCAAUGACAUCAAUGAAUGUGCAACUAACAACGGAGGUUGUGGACAAGUGUGUACUAAUACUGUUGGAAGCUAUACUUGCUCUUGUCAUACUGGUUAUACAUUAAACAGCAAUCAGAAAAGCUGUACUGAUACUGUUGAAUGUAAUUCCAACAAUGGAGGCUGUGAAGAUAACUGUGUGAAUACAGCUGGCAGUUAUUACUGUACGUGUAAUGCUGGUUUUAGUCUCAACAGUGACCAACGAAAUUGUGACAAUAUCAAUGAGUGUAAUCAAGGUAAUGGUGGAUGUGAACACACUUGCACUGACACUGUUGGAAGCUUCAGUUGUUCUUGUAAUUCUGGAUACCAGCUAACAGCAGGAGGACAUUGUUCAGAUAAGAAUGAGUGUAAUUCUAACAAUGGAGGGUGUGAUCAUACUUGUGUGAAUACAGUUGGUAGUUAUGUUUGUCAGUGUAAUUCAAGCUACACACUGAGUAUCAGUGACCAUCAUAGUUGCAUAGAUAAUAAUGAAUGUAAUACAAACAAUGGGGGUUGUGAACACACCUGUACUAAUGCUCCUGGUAGCUACACAUGCUCCUGUAAUACUGGCUACUCACUUGAUCUUGAUGAUAGAGGAUGUUCACCUGUUUGUGAUGAUUCCUGCCAUCAUUGUAUCACAUGUGAUACUCCUAAUUCAUGCACUUGUAUUAAUGGAUGGACCGGCAGUAACUGCUGCACAGAUAUCAAUGAAUGUCUGACUAAUAAUGGUGGUUGUGCUCACAACUGUACUAAUUAUAAUGGUACCUAUGGAUGUUCCUGUGCUACAGGAUACACACUGAGUGCUAAUGGAAAGUCAUGCACUGACAAUAAUGAGUGUUCAAGUGAUGAUACUAAUGAGUGCAAUCAAAUAUGCAGUAACACUCCUGGAUCAUAUGUAUGCUACUGUAACACUGGUUAUGAAUUGGGACUGGAUGAUAGAACUUGUGUUGAUACUAAUGAAUGUGAUGAGAAUAAUGGAGGAUGUGCUCAUAUAUGCAGUAAUACAGUUGGCAGUUAUGGAUGCUCAUGUCGUACUGGAUAUACACUGGAUACUGAUAAUCAUGCUUGUAAUGAUAAUGAUGAGUGCUCCUCUCAAACUGAUGAUUGUGAUCAUUCAUGCUUUAACACUAAUGGUAGUUAUGUGUGUGAUUGUAAUGUUGGAUAUGUACUUGAUACUGAUGGAUCAACCUGUAUUGAUGAUGAUGAGUGCUCAAGCAACAAUGGAGGGUGUGAACAACAAUGUAACAACACUGUUGGAAGUUAUACUUGCAAUUGUAUUACUGGGUACACACUAGAUGAUGAUGGAUUAGGAUGUUCAGAUCAUAAUGAAUGUGUUACUAAUUCUGAUGCCUGUGAACAGCACUGUCACAACUCACAUAGUUCUUACUACUGUACAUGUAUGAAUGGAUACAGACUAGACACUGAUGGGAGAUCUUGCAAUGAUAUUAAUGAAUGUGUUGAACACAGUUCAGGGUGUAAUCAGUUGUGUACUAACACUAUUGGUGGAAGAACCUGUUCAUGUUACACUGGAUAUGUUCUUAGUAGUAACAAUAGGACAUGUAUUGAUAUUAAUGAGUGCAAUACUAAUAAUGGAGGAUGUGAUACUACAUGUACUAAUACUGUUGGUAGUUAUGAGUGUUCAUGUAAUACUGGAUAUGAACUAAACAAUGAUCUACACAACUGCAAUGAAAUCAAUGAGUGUGAUCUUGACACUGAUUUAUGUGAGCAUGUAUGCUCUAACACUGCUGGUAGUUAUGAGUGUUCCUGUAAUACUGGAUAUCAACUGGGAAACAACGAUCAUAGCUGUUCAGACAUUAAUGAGUGCAGUUCUAAUAGUGGAGGUUGUAAUCAAGUUUGUGUUAAUUCAGUAGGAAGCUAUUAUUGUCAAUGCAAUAAUGGAUACACUCUUAGCAGUAACAAUCACACCUGUAUUGAUAAUAAUGAAUGUAAUACUAACAAUGGGGGCUGUGAACACAUCUGUACUAAUAAUGCUGGUAGUUAUGAGUGUUCCUGUAAUACUGGCUACACUCUUGAUCUUGAUAAUAGAGGAUGCUCACCUGUUUGUGAUGAUUCCUGUCAUCAUUGUAUUUCAUGUGAUUCUCCUAAUUCAUGUACUUGUCUUAAUGGAUGGACUGGCAGUAACUGCUGCACAGAUAUCAAUGAAUGUUUGACUAAUAAUGGUGGUUGUGCUCACAACUGUACUAAUUAUAAUGGUACCUAUGGAUGUUCCUGUGCUACAGGAUACACACUGAGUGCUAAUGGAAAAUCAUGCACUGAAAUCAAUGAGUGUUCAAGUGAUGAUACUAAUGAGUGCAAUCAAAUAUGCAGUAACACUCCUGGAUCAUAUGUAUGCUACUGUAACACUGGUUAUGAAUUGGGACUGGAUGAUAGAACUUGUGUUGAUACUAUUGAGUGUAACAGCAACAAUGGAGGAUGUGCUCAGAACUGCAGUAAUACAGUUGGUAGUUAUCAAUGUUUGUGUAAAUCUGGAUACACAUUAGAUUCAGAUCAACACACUUGCAAUGAUAAUGAUGAAUGUGCUUCUGACACUGAUGAUUGUGAUCAUUCAUGCUUUAACACUAAUGGUAGUUAUGUGUGUGAUUGUAAUGUUGGGUAUGUCCUUGAUACUGAUGGAUCAACCUGUACUGAUGAUAAUGAGUGUUCAAGGAACAAUGGAGGAUGCCAACAAACAUGUAUCAAUAAUAAUGGGAGUUAUACCUGUGCAUGUAUUCAAGGUUACAUAUUAGAUGAUGAUGACCAUGGAUGCUCAGACCAUGAUGAGUGUGUUGCUAACACUGAUGCCUGUGAACAACACUGUCACAAUUCAAAUAGUUCCUACUACUGUACAUGUGAUAAUGGUUAUAGACUAAAUACAGAUGGAAGGUCAUGUGAUGAUAUUAAUGAGUGUCUUGAACACAGUUCAGGGUGCAAUCAGUUGUGUACUAACACUAUUGGCGGAAGAACCUGUUCAUGUUACACUGGAUAUGUUCUUAGUAGUAACAAUAGGACAUGUAUUGAUAUUAAUGAGUGCAAUACUAAUAAUGGAGGAUGUGAUACUACAUGUACUAAUACUGUUGGUAGUUAUGAGUGUUCAUGUAAUACUGGAUAUGAACUAAACAAUGAUCUAUACAACUGUGAUGAAAUCAAUGAGUGUGAUCUUGACACUGAUUUAUGUGAACACACAUGCACUAACACUGCUGGUAGUUAUAAGUGUUCCUGUAAUACUGGAUAUCAACUAGGAAACAACAAUCAUAGCUGUUCAGACAUAAAUGAGUGCAGCUCUAAUAGUGGUGGUUGUAAUCAAGUUUGUGUUAAUUCAGUAGGAAGCUAUUAUUGUCAAUGCAAUAAUGGAUACAGUCUUAGCAGUAACAAUCAUACCUGCAAUGAUAAUAAUGAGUGUAAUACUAACAAUGGGGGCUGUGAACACAAUUGUACUAAUGCUCCUGGUAGCUACAACUGUUCUUGUGCUGAUGGAUAUUCUCUUGGUGGUGACCAACAUGGCUGUUCACCUGUUUGUGAUGAUUCCUGUCAUCAUUGUAUUUCAUGUGAUUCUCCUAAUUCUUGUACUUGUCUUAAUGGAUGGACUGGCAGUAACUGCUGCACAGAUAUCAAUGAGUGUCUGACUAAUAAUGGUGGUUGUGCUCACAACUGUACUAAUUAUAAUGGUACCUAUGGAUGUUCCUGUGCUACAGGAUACACACUGAGUGCUAAUGGAAAAUCAUGCACUGACAAUAAUGAGUGUUCAAGUGAUGAUACUAAUGAGUGCAAUCAAAUAUGCAGUAACACUCCUGGAUCAUAUGUAUGCUACUGUAACACUGGUUAUGAAUUGGGACUGGAUGAUAGAACUUGUGUUGAUACUAAUGAAUGUGAUGAGAAUAAUGGAGGAUGUGCUCAGAACUGCAGUAAUACAGUUGGUAGUUAUGGAUGCUCAUGUCGUACUGGAUAUACACUGGAUACUGAUAAUCAUGCUUGUAAUGAUAUUAAUGAAUGUUCUAGCGGCACUGAUGAUUGUGAUCAUUCAUGCUUUAACACUAAUGGUAGUUAUGUGUGUGAUUGUAAUGUUGGGUAUGUACUUGAUACUGAUGGAUCAACCUGUAUUGAUGAUGAUGAGUGCUCAAGGAACAAUGGAGGAUGCCAACAGACAUGUAACAAUAAUAAUGGGAGUUAUACCUGUGCAUGUAUUCAAGGUUACAUAUUAGAUGAUGAUGACCAUGGGUGCUCAGACCACAAUGAGUGUGUUGCUAACACUGAUGCCUGUGAACAACACUGUCACAAUUCAAAUAGUUCCUAUUACUGUACAUGUGAUAAUGGUUAUAGAUUAAGCACAAAUGGAAUAUCUUGCAUUGAUAUUGAUGAGUGUGUUGAACACAGUUCAGGGUGUAAUCAGUUGUGUACUAACACUAAUGGUGGAAGAACCUGUUCAUGUUACACUGGAUAUGUUCUUAGUAGUAACAAUAGGACAUGUAUUGAUAUUAAUGAGUGCAAUACUAAUAAUGGAGGAUGUGACACUACAUGUACUAAUACUGUUGGUAGUUAUGAGUGUUCAUGUAAUACUGGAUAUGAACUAAACAAUGAUCUACACCACUGUGAUGAAAUCAAUGAGUGUGAACGUGGAACUGAUUUGUGUGAACACAUAUGUACUAACACUGCUGGUAGUUACUUUUGUUCAUGCAACACUGGAUAUCAUUUAGAAACUAACAAUUACAAUUGUUCAGACACUAACGAAUGUGACACUUCUAAUGGAGGCUGUAAUCAGACAUGUAUCAAUGAAAUAGGAAGUUUUCAUUGUUUGUGUGAUCCUGGAUACACUCUUGAUAGCAAUGGCUUUGGUUGUACAGAUAUUAAUGAGUGUCACACUGCAACUCAUGGUUGUAAUCAAUUGUGUAAUAAUACAAUUGGAUCUUAUAACUGUCAUUGUCGCACUGGUUACAGACUUAACUCUACUAAUGAGAGAAUAUGCUAUGAUAUCAAUGAAUGUGAUGAUCACAAUGGAGGUUGUGAACACAAUUGUAAGAAUACAAUUGGCAGCAAUGAAUGCUCUUGUAACACUGGAUAUUUGAAAUCUGAACAGCAUUGCUCUGAUAUUGAUGAAUGUAGCACUAGCAAUGGUGGUUGUAAUGACACGUGCAUCAAUACAGUUGGAAGUUACUAUUGUACCUGUAGUACUGGGUAUACUCUUCUUCAAAAUGGAAAAACUUGUCGAGAAAAUAAUGAGUGUCUGACUAAUAAUGGUGGCUGUACUCAAGUAUGUACUAAUACUGCUGGUAGUUACAAGUGUAGCUGCAAUACUGGUUACUAUCUGUCUGGUAAUGGAAAAACAUGCAAUGACAUCAAUGAAUGUGCAACUAACAAUGGAGGUUGUGAGCAAGUUUGUAAUAAUACAAUUGGAAGCUAUUCUUGCUCCUGUAAUACUGGUUAUACAUUAGAUAGCAAUCAGAGAAACUGCACUGAUACUGCUGAAUGUAAUUCCAACAAUGGAGGCUGUGAAGAUAACUGUGUGAAUACAGCUGGUAGUUAUUACUGUACUUGUGAUACUGGUUUUAGUCUCAACAGUGACCAACACAAUUGUGACAAUAUCAAUGAGUGUAAUCAAGGUAAUGGAGGGUGUGAACACACUUGCACUGACACUGUUGGAAGCUUCACUUGUUCUUGUAAUACUGGAUACCAACUAAUGGAAGAACGAUAUUGUUCUGAUAUUAAUGAGUGUAAUUCUAACAAUGGAGGAUGUAACCAUACUUGUGUGAAUACAGUUGGUAGUUAUGUUUGUCAGUGCAAUUCAAGCUACACACUUAGUGACAGUGACCACCAUAGUUGUAUAGAUAAUGAUGAAUGUAGUACUAACAAUGGAGGUUGUGAUCACAUUUGCAUUAACACGCCAGGCAGUCAAACUUGUCAAUGCAAUAAUACUGGCUAUACACUAAAUUCAAAUGGAUAUGAUUGCGACAAUGUUAAUGAGUGUCUUAAUGGAUCAAGUGGAUGUGCUCAUAAUUGCCAUGACACUGAUGGUUCAUAUUACUGUUCUUGCAAUAAUGGAUACACCCUGGGUAGUAAUGAAAAGAGUUGUAAUGAUAUCAAUGAAUGUAACACUAACAAUGGAGGCUGUGAACACAAUUGCACAAACACAAUCGGUAGCUAUGAAUGCUCUUGCAGAGUUGGGUAUUUGACCUCUGGACAGCAUUGUUCUGAUAUUGAUGAGUGUAGCACUAGCAAUGGUGGUUGUAAUGGCACAUGCAUCAACACAGUUGGCAGUUAUUACUGUACCUGUAAUUCUGGUUAUACUCUCAAUAACAGUGACGAACACAAUUGCGACAAUAUCAAUGAGUGCAAUCAAGGUAAUGGAGGGUGUGAACACACUUGCACUGACACUGUUGGAAGCUUAACUUGUUCUUGUAAUACUGGAUACCAGCUAACAGCAGGAGGACAUUGUUCAGAUAUUAAUGAGUGUAAUUCUAACAAUGGAGGAUGUAACCAUACUUGUGUGAAUACAGUUGGUAGUUAUGUUUGUCAGUGUAAUUCAAGCUACACACUUAGUGACAGUGACCAUCAUAGUUGUAUAGAUAAUGAUGAAUGUAGUACUAACAAUGGAGGUUGUGAUCACAUUUGCAUUAACACGCCAGGCAGUCGAACUUGUCAAUGCAAUAAUACUGGCUAUGCACUAAAUUCAAAUGGAUAUGAUUGCGACAAUGUUAACGAGUGCCUAAUUGGAUCAAGUGAAUGUGCUCAUGUUUGCCAUGACACUGUUGGUUCAUUUUACUGUACUUGCAAUGAUGGAUACACACUGGAUAGCAAUGAAAGGGGUUGUAUUGAUAUCAAUGAAUGUAACGCUAACAAUGGAGGCUGUGAACACAAUUGCACAAACACAAUCGGUAGCUAUGAAUGCUCUUGCAGAGUUGGGUAUCUGACCUCUGGACAGCAUUGUUCUGAUAUUGAUGAGUGUAGCACUAGCAAUGGUGGUUGUAAUGGCACAUGCAUCAACACAGUUGGAAGUUACUAUUGUACCUGUAAUUCUGGUUACACUCUCAAUAGCAGUGACCAACACAAUUGCGACAAUAUCAAUGAGUGUAAUCAAGGUAAUGGUGGGUGUGAACACACUUGCUCUGACACUGUUGGAAGCUUCACUUGUUCUUGUAAUACUGGAUACCAGCUAACAGCAGGAGGACAUUGUUCAGAUAUUAAUGAAUGUAAUUCUAAUAAUGGAGGCUGUAACCAUACUUGUGUGAAUACAGUUGGUAGUUAUGUUUGUCAGUGUAAUUCAAGCUACACACUUAGUGACAGUGACCACCAUAGUUGUAUAGAUAAUGAUGAAUGUAGUACUAACAAUGGAGGUUGUGAUCACAUUUGCAUUAACACGCCAGGCAGUCGAACUUGUCAAUGCAAUAAUACUGGCUAUACACUGAAUUCAAAUGGAUAUGAUUGCAACAAUGUUAAUGAGUGUGUCAAUGGAUCAAGUGAAUGUGCUCAUAAUUGCCAUGACACUGAUGGUUCAUAUUACUGUUCUUGCAAUGAUGGAUACACACUGGAUAGUAAUGAAAAGAGUUGUAAUGAUAUUAAUGAAUGUAACAGUAACAAUGGAGGUUGUGAACACAAUUGUAAGAACACAAUUGGUAGCUAUGAAUGUUCUUGCAACACUGGAUAUUUGAAAUCUGGACAUCAUUGCUCUGAUAUUGAUGAGUGUAGCAGUAGCAAUGGUGGUUGUAAUGGCACAUGCAUUAACACAGAUGGAAGUUAUUAUUGUAGCUGUAACUGUAGCAAUGCUCUUCAAACUCCUGAAGAUGAAAAUGAGUGUCUGACUAAUAAUGGUGGCUGUUCUCAAGUAUGUACUAAUACUGCUGGUAGUUACAAGUGUAGCUGCAAUACUGGUUACUAUCUGUCUGGUAAUGGAAAAAUAUGCAAUGACAUUAAUGAAUGUGCAACUAACAAUGGAGGCUGUGGACAAGUAUGCAAUAAUACUGUUGGAAGCUAUUCUUGCUCUUGUCACACUGGCUAUACAUUAGACAGUAAUCAGAGGAGCUGUACUGAUAUUGUUGAAUGUGAUUCCAACAAUGGAGGCUGUGAAGAUAACUGUGUCAACACAAAUGGAAGUUAUUACUGUACUUGUGAUACUGGUUAUACUCUUAACAGUGACCAACACAAUUGUGACAAUAUCAAUGAGUGCAAUCAAGGUAAUGGUGGGUGUGAACACACUUGCACUGACACUGUUGGAAGCUUCACUUGUUCUUGUAAUACUGGAUACCAGCUAACAGCAGGAGUACAUUGUUCUGAUAUUAAUGAGUGUAAUUCUAACAAUGGAGGAUGCAACCAUACUUGUGUGAAUACAGUUGGUAGUUAUGUUUGUCAGUGUAAUUCAAGCUACACACUUAGUAUCAGUAACCAUCAUAGUUGUAUAGAUAAUAAUGAAUGUAAUACUAACAAUGGGGGUUGUGAACACACCUGUACUAAUACUCCUGGUAGCUAUAUAUGUUCCUGUAAUACUGGCUACACUUUAGAUCUUGAUGAUAGAGGAUGCUCACCUGUUUGUGAUGAUUCCUGUCAUCAUUGUACUUCAUGUGAUUCUCCUAAUUCAUGUAAUUGUCUUAAUGGAUGGACUGGCAGUAACUGCUGCACAGAUAUCAAUGAAUGUCUGACUAAUAAUGGUGGUUGUGCUCACAAUUGUACUAAUUAUAAUGGUACCUAUGGAUGUUCCUGUGCUACAGGAUACACACUGAGUGCUAAUGGAAAAUUAUGCAUUGAUAAUAACGAGUGUUCAAGUGAUGAUACUAAUGAGUGCAAUCAAAUAUGCAGUAACACUCCUGGAUCA